AUGACAAACGUUGGUGAUGCACAAUCAACUUAUAAUCUUAUGCUAGGAAGUGUUCAUGCGUUAUCUUCAUCUUCUACCUAUCUUGUUGGCUGCUGUGAUUGGUUUCUGUUCGAUUUGGGAGGGGGCGAAACCGAGAGGCUCUCGUCGACGAACAUGUUCCGAACAUUGAUAAACCGGCGGGCGAGUAGGUCAAUUAAGACGUGGGGACUGGCGGAGGCACCAUCAUGGAUGGUAUGGCGGCGGAGCUUCAUCAACCACCCCUUGCUCACCAAAGAGCAGGUGUCCCGGCUCGAAUCCAGGAAUCUGAAACCAUAUAUUGUUCACGUUGCUCAACCUACCGAUUUGGGAGGGGGCGAAACUGAGAGGCUCUCGUCGACGAACAUGUUCCGAACAUUGAUAAACCGGCGGGCGAGUAGGUCAAUUAAGACGUGGGGACUGGCGGAGGCACCAACAUGGAAGCGUUCUAUAAACUACCAUGGAUCAGAAUUUACAAGUUUACCUGUAGCUCAAUUGAAUCAUCCCACAUUUUUCAUUGAGCUGGGAAGAAUUGGUUGUGAGCAUUCAUCGACAGUGACAAACGUUGGUGAUGCACAAUUAACUUAUAAUCUUGUGCUGGAGGUGUUUCCGGUGUUGAUAUAUCUGUUCAAGUAA